AUGAACCAACAAAUCGAAGAAACUGCUCAGCAACAAUCUCGCAAACUCCAGGAGCGACUUGACCAGCAGUCUGAACUUCGCGACCGGGCCCUUAGGCAAGAAUUCGGCAGAGUGCACGAAAGUAUCGACUAUUUAACCAAGGACAAUGAGGCUCGGGACAAGGGCAUCAAGAGGGAGUUGGAAUUAAAAGUGGACAAAAUGUCUCGGAAGGUUGACAAGAUUGACACCUUCGAAGCAUCAUUUGCGACCUUCGAAGCGUCAUUUGCGAAUUCCAAGGUGGCCCACCUUAACCAAAGGAUACAAGCCAUCCCUGUGUACGACGCCCUUCAUCAACCAGUUCCGGUUCCAAAGUGUUUCCCCAAAGCUGCUCUUAGACUCUAUCGAAUGCAAGAUCGGAAGAACUGGAAUCAAUUGAAGACCCUUCUCAAGCAUUACAACCUCGAGAAAGCGACCAUUCGGCUUGUCGACCGUGGAGAGCUUUACGACUCCUCCGACUCCGAUAGUGAUUCCGACGCUUCCUCCCGUUUCCACGCUAUCGACGGGGAACUUGACCGGGCUAUCGAGUCCAAUCCGUUUGCCGCCAUGUGUUCGCUAGGCCGUCAUCUUGGCGUGGAUACAGACGCUCUCCAUGAUCGGAUCACGCAGCUCGAAUUUCAACAGAAGAAAGGCACCGUGGCCAAACGCCCAGCGGAAGACGCGGGAAGUUUUAGGAAGAUGAUACGAGACUUGGUCACGGGGGCGCUGCAGCCUGGCUCGUUCACGAGAGCAGACCUGCUUCUUGAUGAUGACUCUGAAGGAAAACAUACCAAAUUGGAAUGGGAGGUCGACUCGGAUAAGUUCAAACGGGAAACGGCUCAUCUUCGCAUUCGUAACACCGAGGCCUCCCGCCGUGCAGCCAGCGCCAAAGACAGCCGGGGAAGUCGCCCACAGAAGGAUUUGGAGGUCCGCUCACGUCAGUCCAAGGACAGCCUGUCACCAACCGAGAAGAUGACCACUUCAAGCAACCGAUUAGAGGGUCAUUAG